AUGAAGAUAGCUGUUUGCAUUAAGCAGGUGCCGGUGGUCUCGUUGCUGAAGUUCGACAAUGAGACGCGGCGGGUCGUGCGCGAUGGCGUGCCGAGCGAAGUCAAUCCCUUCGAUGUGCUUGGGAUGUCGCUUGCGGUCAAUCUGAAACAGGAUCAUGACGCUGAGGUGGUGGUCUAUACGAUGGGGCCGCCGCAAGCACGAGACGCGCUGGUGCAGUGCCUUGCGAUGGGAGCGGACAGCGCGGUGCACCUCAACGACCGCGCGUUCGCGGGCAGCGAUACGCUGGCAACGGCGCGCGCGCUUGCUCUUGCGCUGGCGCGAGACGAGUACGACCUGAUUAUCUGCGGGCGCAACAGCGUUGAUGCGGAGACGGGGCAGGUGGGCGCAGAGAUAGCGGAGAUGCUCGAUCUGCCGCAGGUGAGCGGGGUGCGCCAUCUUGAGCUGGAUGUCUCCACUGACGGCAGUGCGUCUCUUACAGCGGAGCGAAUUACCGACGAGGGCCACGAUGUUGUGCGAUGUGCGCGAUGCCGGCGCUCAUCACGGUUACUGAGGAUGUCGCGCCUGAGAUAUAUCCUCGGCGGGCGGAACGGCAGGCUGCGCUGGAGAAGCCCGUUACCACGUUGA